GCGCGGGGGGGGGCGGCGGGCGGGACCGAGAUCGGGAUGGAGCUGGAGGAGGAGUUCGAUGUUUUGGAUCCAGAGAGAUUAAUACAAUGUCCAUAUAACAAACAUCAUCACAUCAGAGCCUGCCGGUUUCCUUAUCACCUUGUGAAGUGCCAGAAGAGCCACCCUGAAGUUGCAAGGGAGUUGGCCGUGUGCCCCUUCAACGCUCGCCAUCUGGUUCCUCAGGCUGAGCUCAGCAAUCACAUCGCAAAGUGCAGUGACAAAGGGUUCAUCGAGCAAGUUGUAGAAAUGAAUCAGUCCUCUGGUUUUCAGAGAGAGCAGAUGAAUGCUGUGAGCACAUGGCAGGCACCUCCGUGUGAUGAAGACUGGGAAAGAGAGUUGUCGGAGCAGUCGAAUUCUCCUUUUGUUUGGGGCAUGACCAGUUUUGGCAUAAACAGUUCCAGUAUCGCUUCAGUACAGAAGAACUGCUUGCCCUCAAGAGUGCGUGUCCCUGAGUCCCUCCCUUACAACGUAUCGUACAUGGCUCCGCAUGUACAGUCCAGGGACACUGCGAUGGUGUCAGCCUCAAUCUGCCAAACAAACUGAGAUGCCACUUGUAGAUAAGCACUGUCAGCAAGGUGACAAGUGCUGCUUCUUCAGCACAGGCCACUCUUACCUUGAGGAGUGGAGGAAAUUCCCCUAUUUUUCUACAUGUGAUGCAGAAAACCCAUCUUAGGUGUAUUACUGUCUUCCUUCUGGAAGUCUGUUCCUUCCCAGCACUAAACAACUCCCUUUGUAGGACCACAGAGCUCCUGUGGAUGGUGCCUACAGGAGAGCAGGGGAGGGGCUCUUUAAUCAGGGAUUGCAGGGAUAGGAAGAGGGGUAGAGGUUUUAAGCUGAAAGAAGGGAGAUUGAGAUGAGAUCUUAGGAAGAAAUGUUUUCCUGUGAGGGUGGGGAGGCCCAGGUUGCCCAGAGCAGUGAUGGCUGCCUCAUCCCUGGAGGUGUUCAAGGCCAGGUUGGAUGGGGCUUGGAGCAACCGGAUCCGGUGGGAGGUGUCCCUGCCCAUGGCAGGGGGUGGAACUGGAUGGGCUUUGAGGUCCCUUCCAACCCAAAGCAGAAGGGAUGCAAUUAUGCUGGGGACAGAGGGAAAUGCUCACCAAAAAAAGACAGAUUGGUGUGAGUUCAGGUCUUGGUGUGGUAGGAACUCUGCAGUCCCAUUUCAGUGGAAGUCAGGAACUACACCCAGAGGAAUUUCUACUCUACGCCAUAAGGAUGUGUCUUGCACCUGCAAAGCAACACUCUCUGUUCCUAUUUUUGGGCAUUUGUGGUGUCUGAAGUGUUCUCUAUGGAACUUCUGCGGGACAUUAGUGAGAAGGUUUGGUGAUUUGCUGGGGAGGUGCAGAAAAUCCUCUGCAGGGAGCUGUGCUUAUAGCAUCUGUGGCUUGUGACCUUGUGUUUGAGGGUCUGCUACACUCUGCAGAGCAUCAAGUAAGUCCUGAUAGUUUCUCCAGCCUGUAAAGAGGCUUCCGACUGGGUAACCUUGAAUUAAAGUCAUUUGGAUCAUGCAAACUUGAGAAGUAUUUUUAUGUGCCUGACUUUUUGUCUUCUCAGCAUCCGAGCACAUUCCUGCAGGGUGUGGGAAGGGGACAGCUUGGACUUUAAACCACACUGGCACUUACAGAGACUUCUGUCUC